AUGUCCGUUGAUUUCACGUCCAAGGCAGUGGAAUUAUUCAAGAAAGCUGCCAGGCACGAUGAGCAGGGGGAGUACAGGGAAGCAUACCACUGGUACAUGGAGGCGAUUGAGGUUUUUAUUACUGCCAUUAAGUACGAGACCAAGAACGUGACAAAGAGGGAUUUGCUAAGAAAGAAAACGAUGGAGAUAACGGAGCGGGCAGAAAAGAUCAAAGAAUACCUCGAAAACUGCGAUGCAAACCGUAGUGGCGGUCAAGCUUCCAGUGCUGUGGGGCAGAAGACAGCUUCAUCCGCGAAGAAGGCCAAGGAGGAUGAAGAAGACGAUAAGCGGCUGAAAAGUGGGUUAGAUAAUGCGAUUAUCCGUGUGAAGCCCAACGUACAGUGGUCUCAGAUUGCAGGGUUGGAGGCUGCAAAGGAGGCUUUGAAAGAGGCUGUUAUUCUCCCCGUUCGUUUCCCACAACUGUUCACUGGAAACAGAAAACCAUGGAAGGGAAUUUUAUUGUAUGGUCCACCAGGUACAGGGAAGUCGUAUCUUGCAAAGGCUGUGGCGACAGAAGCAGACGGCACAUUCUUGAGCGUUAGUAGUGCAGAUUUGAUGUCCCGCUGGCUGGGUGAUUCGGAAAAAUUGGUGCGGAACCUCUUCGAGAAGGCCCGUGAGGCGUACAGGGAGGGGGGGAAACCCGCUAUUAUUUUUAUUGAUGAGAUUGACUCUCUUUGCUCAGCGAGGUCUGAUGGUGAGAAUGACGCCUCCCGUCGUAUCAAAACGGAAUUCCUUGUACAGAUGCAAGGAGUAGGCCACGACGACGAAGGUGUCUUAGUGCUGGGCGCAACGAAUAUACCAUGGGCCCUUGACAGUGCGGUACGGCGACGCUUCGAGCGCCGUAUAUACAUACCGCUUCCGCAAGCCCAUGCCCGAUGUCAAAUGAUUAAGAUUCAUCUCGGUGACACUCAGCAUUCCCUCACGGAUGAGGACUGCAACGCUUUGGCAAAAAUGACAGAAAUGUACUCGGGCAGUGAUAUCAGCAUCGUCGUGCGGAAUGCCAUGAUGGAGUGCGUUCGGUCAGUGCAGUUAGCGACUCACUUCAAACGUGUAACGGGACCGGACCCGAAGGAUCCAACGCGGACCGUCAACGAUCGGCUUGUGCCGUGCUCGCCGGGUGACCCCAAUGCCAUUCCCAUGACAAUGAAUGAUAUUACGGAGUCUGAGAAACUGAUGCCGCUUCCAGUGACCAUGCAGGACUUUAUCAAGGCACUGCGCACAGCCCGUCCUUCCGUAUCGAGUGAAGACAUUACUCAGCAUGUUAAAUUCACUGAAGAGUUUGGGCAGGAGGGAUAA